UCCAACCUGUCCUUCACUGACAUCUGUUUCACCUCCACCACCGUCCCAAAGAUGCUGGUGAACAUCCAGACACAGAGAAAGGUCAUCACCUAUGCAGGCUGCAUCAUCCAGAUGAGCUUUUUCCUGCUCUUUGCAGGGCUGGACAACUUCCUCUUGACAGUGAUGGCCUAUGACCGGUACAUGGCCAACUGUCACCCCCUGCGCUACACGGUCAUCAUGAACCCCUGGCUCUGUGGAAAGCUGGUUCUGGCAUCUUGGAUUAUAAGUGUCCCGUAUUCCUUGUUACAAACCUUAAUGGUUUUGCAGCUGUCCUUCUGUACACGUGUGGAAAUACUCCACCUUUUUUGUGAACUUAAUCAGGCAGUCCACCUGGCCUGCUCUGAUGUCUUUCUUAAUGACAUGGUGACCUAUUUUGAAACUGUGCUGCUGGCUGGUGGUCCCCUCACUGGGAUCCUUUACUCUUACUGUAAGAUAGUUUCCUCCAUUUGUGCAAUCUCAUCAGCUCAGGGGAAGCACAAAACAUUUUCCACCUGUGCCUCUCACCUCUCAGUUGUCUCCUUAUUUUAUUGUACAGUCUUAGGUGUGUACCUUAGUGCUGGUGCUGCCCACAGCUCACACUCAAGUGCAGCAGCCUCAGUGAUGUACACUGUGGUCACCCCCCCCCUUCAUCUACAGUCUGAAGACAUAAAGAAGGCUCUGAAAAUAGUUUUUGGGCGAGACACCAUGAAAGGGUCAGUUGGUCUGGAACUGAAUUACUGCUCAUGA